AUGACGAUAGGUAGUGAUUCGAAUAUACUACGAGAGCUACGCACAGAAUAUGCGCUGAACACCUAUCUUCAGCUUUUCGCAGAUGAUGCUCCCGGUAGCCAGCUAGGGAGUACGUCUCUUCACGACGCUCUCAAUGAUCUUGUGGAGCUCGCAAUCGUCCGCAUCGGGGGUGUGUGCGGCGCAUUUGUCGUCCUGACGGAUGGGUGCUCACAAAAGCUUAUUGCGAGUGGAGAGACAACAGAUCUCAGAUCAUUCAACGAAGAUGGAUGGCUUUGGUUAUUCCAGCAAACAAUCGCUGUCGACACUUCCACAGAUGAAAAGACGUUCAGCGUGCCUGUCUUGUGCCGGAAUAGCCACACCUCUGCGCUCACGUCUGUCUCUAACGCGCCACACUUGUCUUUCUAUGCCGGUACACCAAUCGUCUCUAAAAAGAAUCAGCAUGUUGGUACCUUUUUUGUCGUCGACAACUCAGGGCGAACGCAACUGUCAGCAGCUGAAACAAAGCAUUUGACAACUGCGGCCCGAAAAUGCAUCAGCUUGCUGGACUUCGCCCGGGAGAGAGGUUUUCACAACAGAUGGUCAAGCGUCCAAAAACAACUUGACCUAUUCGUCAAGUCACGCGCUAUGGCCACCCAAGCAGUGGAAAACUCGCCGACUCUAGCAAAAAAUCCGUUGCCAUCAUCCCCUAUAACGGAGCGCACAGAGAUUGGUGAGAUUGCAGAGCACACGUUUAUGGGGUCAGACGACUUGAAAGUCGGGGGUGAAGAAUCCGAACGAUUGGUACGCGCCGAGAUUGAACGAGACAAACGUAUCGACACAGAGAACGUUGAGGAUACACGUACGUCGACGGCCAAACCUGAAGACGACGGCAAAAGCGCGGGCACGUCGGGAGAGACAGCGUACCGAAAAGUUUUUAGAAGAGCCGCUCAAUGUUUACAAACCGCUCUAGAGGCUGAUGGAGUGUUAUUUGUGGACGGCUUAAUCGGUCUCCACGGAGGAUCUCAACCCAUUCCGGAGCCAGUGCAUGAGCUCGAGAAGGAAGUGUCGCCUCCAGAAGACGAUCCAUCACAAGAGAAUGGAAGCAAGGGCGAGAGAACAUAUACUAGCACUGAGUUCCGCAAAGGCGUAAUCCCUGACCACCCUGCGGAGGUCCUCAGCAUGUUGACCAACACCAGUCGACCACCGACCACGCCUGUCUCGAAAGAUGUUGAAGGGUUGGUUCUGAUAGACGAAAGUUUUCUUCAAAGGCUCAUGCUUCGCUACCCUCAUGGUGUUGUUUGGUACCUCGGUCAUGCAACACUCACACGAGUAAGCGACGAGGUUCUUGUAGCGGAAGAAAAACAAGAGAUGAUCGAGCGCCUUCGGAAGAGUUUUCCGGGCGCCAAACAGCUCAUUUUCCAGCCACUCUCCGAUCCCACAUCCUUGAAACGCCUUGCUGGUUGUUUUUUGUGGAGGGCAAAGGCGCUGCCUCCUUUCACGGAUAGGGUUGACCUCCCUUCCUUGAAUGAAUUCUUGCAUACGGUGGAGGCGGAGAUUGCAAGGGUAGACGCAAUGGCAGCGGUUAAACAGCAAGAUGCCUUUGUAUCUUCCGUUAGCCAUGAGCUUAGAACUCCGCUGCAUGGCAUUUUAGGCGCUCUGCAACUCCUCGAUGACACCGAUAUGGACCCUUUACAAAAGUCUUUGGUCAACACAAUCACUUCCUGCGGCUCAACGCUUCACGAGACGCUCACAAGCGUUUUAUCGUACGCGCAAAUAAACCAGUUUGAGCGACGCCAACACAAGUACCGCCAAAGGCAAGCUCCAGACGCGGUCUGGGCACUCAAAGACAAACGAGGUUUUACCGCAGGCCCCGAUCGGGACUUUCAAGGGUUAUACAUAUGCACCAACGUCGCCAUGCUCUGCGAAGAGACUGUUGGCGUACUUGAAGCGGGACAGUCGUUCAGCAAAUCUGGUCACAGCGAAAAAGUCAUAGUCGUGUGCGAUGUGAGUUACUCGGACAACUGGUCGUUUCACACAGAACCAGGUGCCCUACGCCGCAUCGCGAGCAAUCUUAUCGGAAACGCCCUGAAAUACACAGCAAAAGGUUCGGUCUUGGUUAAACUCAGCGCGUCUCAGACGUUGACGAACCCCAACGCCCUGAGUAACGAUUUGGAUUCCGAUCGCACGAUGAUCUUGACUGUGAAAGACACCGGGAGAGGGAUGUCAAAAGAGUUUCUGGACAACCACCUUUUCGUUCCCUUUACACAAGAAGAUGCGACAUCAUCCCAGGGCGUCGGGCUGGGCAUGUCCAUUGUGAAGAGUCUUGUGUCGCUUCUCAACGGCGAGAUUGUCGUGCAGAGCGAGGUCGGAAAAGGUACUGAGAUGACAGUCAGAAUACCGAUGAAGCUUUACAGUGAUGAGUCCGACGGCGACGAACAACUUACGGUCGAGGCCAAGCACACCAUUGCAGCACUGCGAUCCCGGAACUUGUCAGUGGUUAUGUACGGCUUUCCGGAUUUUGUCCGUGAUUCCCUUAGAAUGUACCUCUGUGACUGGUACCAUGCUCGACUUAUCGACGCCGCAGACGAUGCCAAGCCAGACAUCAUCCUCUUCGAUGAAGGGAGUGAGCAAGAGGUAGAUACAGUUCGUAGGACUGCUGCGGCUUACGGCCAACAUGGUGUUCUCCUCAGCAUCGUUAUGACGCCGAGCAAGUUGGCGGGCCGUUACGACCCUAUCCCUGGGUACAGUAAAUGGGAAAGAGUUCCGCGCCCCCUAGGUCCGACAAAAUUUGGAAAGGCACUUUCGGCAUGCGUCACUAAGAUGGACGAGCUCAGGAAGGGUGGAGCUGAUGGAGCAGACAAGGAGGGUCAAGAGUCGGAAGAGGACGACAAAACCACAAAGGAGCAACAACACACCGAUGAGGGCAUAAAAGAACUACCAUACAGACCAGGAACGCACGAGCCAAACACGUCAGAAGGCUCCGAUAGCCAAAACAAAGCCCCCUGUAGUACCACGACAAACACAAGUUCGAGUGCUUCCGCAUCUCGGUCGGCGUUGUCCAAAAAGCCUGCCAGCGCGACGCCAACUAGCCCGUCUUCGCAGCUUCGUGUUCUGCUUGUCGAUGACAAUGCACUGAAUCUCAGAUUGCUAUGCGCAUUUCUUAAGAAGAAGGGCUAUCAGAAUCUGACAGAAGCGGAGAAUGGAGAAAAGGCGGUCGAAAAAUUCCGGAUAGAAACCUUCGAUCUCAUCUUCAUGGACAUUUCCAUGCCGGUCAUGGAUGGCUUCGAAGCUACCCGUCAGAUCCGCUCCGCAGAGGCUGGGCGGCAGAAGAGCAGUACCGCGCAACCAGCGGUCGUAGUCGCCCUGACGGGGUUGGCGAGCGAGAAGGAUGAAGAGGAUGCGUUUGAUGCUGGUGUGGACUUCUAUAUGACGAAACCAGUGCGGUUCAACGAGCUGUCGGCGUUGUUGAAGCGCUGCGAAGAGGGGGAGCUGAAAAAGUAGUAGCGAGAAGAUACGCAGGAUGUUGGGGUAGUUGCCAGAGUAACAAAGGCGGCAAUAAUACACGUUUCUAUCCCCGCAUCAUUGACAUAGCUUGCAGGUGUAGACAACUACAUGCAGAGGUUGU